AUGAUCGUCCAAUGCUCUCUGUCGAGCGAUGGAACGAGGAAGUUGGUGCUCGUGAAGGAGCUCCAGCCCGGGUGUCCUGCCAUGCAGAGCAAGUUGAUACAGGUGGGGGACAGAAUUGUAGCCGCCAACAAUGUCAACGUGCAGAGCACAGGGCACACGAUAAGCCUGCUGAGGGGGCCAGCGAGGUCGCAAGUUCGAGUGGAUUUCGAGAGGCAGGGGAAGACGUUUGCCCUCUGGCUCCAACGGUCUUCGCUGGCUGCGGAUGGCGAGGCAGAGAAAAAUGAACCUCCGGGGAUGGAGCAAGUGGGACAGGACGAGCUGCUGGUUCAGAAUGAUUGCCUGAGGGACUUGCUGAGUAGCGCUGAGGAGAGAUUGCAAACUGAGCAGCGGAAAAAUGCGGAUAACACGCAGGCCAUCAAUCAACUUAAGCAGAGGAUAGAAGAGCUUGAGAAAGACAGGGCUUCGUCUGUGAAGCAGAAUACGAUUGCAUCCCAGGAAGUUCCGUUUCCGGAAUGGAUUCAUCAAAGGCAAUCCGUCAACGGCUCGAUUCCUACCACUCCACCCGUGCCACAGCCCAACCCUUCGAUCUCGGCCAAGAUUGUGUUCCUGAAUGAGUACGAUCAGACUCGGAGGCCGCAGGUGCUGGCUGAGCAGAGCAAGAGAGAUUCGUCAAAUGUCGUCAACGAGGAUGAAUUCAACAGCAUGCUCGCCGUCUCUCAUGAGAACCGCGCCAAGGGAUGCGAGAGAUUGCUGCAGAACGUCUUCCGAUGCCACCUCAUCUCCAACAUGCUGCAAGAGGUCAAUGAGAGUCGAGAUGCUCUCGAACGAGCGACAUGUGGCAACGCCCAGUCCUUCAGCAAGAGAACGACAGUCGGGCUUGUGCUUGAUGGGCUGGAGAUAGUGCAUGUUAUGGUGGGGAGCGCAGCGUUCAACAGCAACACGAUAGAGCAAGGUGACGUCAUCAUGUCCGUCAACGACCAGGUAGCGACGACCUGGAACGUCAACGGCAUGUUGGACGGCAGCGACCGCGCGGGAGAGACGGUGAAGUUGAGGCUGAGGAGGGCAAGAACCAACGAAGUCUUGGAGGUCGUGGUCCAACGGCAGCUGUGUGCUGACCUCCCCGAGGAGGCGCUGCUGUCCCACUACCUCAACCUGGCAAGGGAGGAUGCAGUCUCGAGGGAGGACGCCAACGGUCGUGACCUCGCCCUCACGGCCAUGGGGCUCUGGAGCAAGAUCGCGCGCGCGCAGCAGGAGAGGGAGGAAGGAUGCCGCGCGAGGGAGGAGGAGAGGACGUCGAAGGUCCAAGAAUGCAGCUCCACGCUCACCCCCAUCCUCGAGAAGGUCCACCUCGACAUCCUCUACCUCCAGGAGGAGCUCGUCAGGUCCUACCGGUACAUCGACGAGAUGAAGAUCUCUGCCAGCAGGCAGAGCAUGGCAGCAGGAGAACCAGUGGAAAGCAGCCUGUUGGCCUCCCUCGCACGGGCCCCGGUCGUCUCCUCCCCGGACAAGUCAGACGACUCGUUCAUCACUGGUGGCUAA